AUGUCAUCGACAAUACCCGGUCCCGUACAGAGCAGUAUGCAUCGCAAGCUUUCUGAAGGUCUAAAACCCGUGUUUCUGGAGAUUCGUAACGAGCGAGUCGACAUUUCCUCGAAACAUGCGCACCACUCUGCAAUGAGAGCGGUCGGUGGUGGAAACGGAGAGACCCACUUCUCCGUGACGAUGGCCUCGGAGGCUUUCAAUGGCCUGACACCGAUCAAGCGACAUCGCCUCGUCAAUGGACUCCUCAAAGAAGAAUUCGAGCAGAUGGGCCUUCACGCACUCAGCUUGCGAUUAAAAAACGUCGAAGAGGCCGAAAGGGAAGGAUUGGUGCAGGACAAGUCGGCACGGGCGGAUGUACCGUCUUGUAAAGGCAGCGUGAUCUGA